GGUUUGUGGACAGUGUCAUCCAUUGAAAAGAACAAAGGACUCAUUGAGCAUUUGCUGCAGUAUGGUUCUUUAAAGUCAAAUAAAGUGGCUGAAGUGAUGGAAACCAUUGACAGGGGAUUAUUUGUACCGGAUGGCAACCCACCAUAUUCUGAUAGCCCGAUGCCCAUAGGUUAUAAUGCAACAAUAUCAGCACCUCAUAUGCAUGCAACUUGUCUUGAAUUGUUAAAGGAUCAUCUUAAGCCAGGCAUGCGUGCCCUUGAUGUGGGCUCAGGGAGUGGUUGCUUGACGGCAUGCUUUGCAAUGAUGGUUGGGCCAGACGGUCACGCUGCUGGGGUAGAACACAUCCCUGAGCUAGUUGCUGUGUCAAUUGAAAAUAUAAAUAGAAGUGCAGCAGCGCCACUGUUGGAUGGAGGUUCUCUCUCUCUACAUGUUUCUGAUGGAAGGCUCGGUUGGCCGGAAUUGGCACCGUAUGACGCAAUUCAUGUUGGUGCAGCAGCCAGCGAAAUUCCUACAGCAUUACUGGACCAACUUAAGCCGGGUGGAAGAAUGGUGAUACCUGUUGGAAACAUAUUUCAGGACUUGAAAGUGGUUGAUAAGAACCUCAAUGGCUCUAUCACCAUUCAAACCAAUACAUCUGUCCGUUAUGUUCCACUAACAAGUAGAGCUGCACAGUUGCAGGAGUGAGUUAUUAAUCAAGAUGCUCCGUUCAGGUGUGUUCUUAGGUAGAUCUGAUUUUUUUCUUUUUUUUGAAGUCUUAAGCUUUGUUUGGGACGGCUUUUUUAUUGCUUCUUAAAGCGAUUUUUUAGUACAAAAAUUAAAAUUUUUAUACUAUAAAGUUGUUUUAAGAAGCAGUAAAAAAGCCGUCCCAAACGCAACCUUAGUUCGUCGCACGAGUUUUGCUGGUAUGUGUAAAUUUUCUUGGUUUCUACCAUUUGGGGACAAUUUCGGUUGGAUUGCAUGUGCUGUCUGCUUUGUUAAUCUGUUAAGAAAAAAAAAAAAAACAUAAGGUUUAGUUUUUCAUUAGUUGGAUGGGUUGUUUUGUUGGUUAUUUGUAAAUAGAAUUUGAACAGAAUGUAUGAAAGUAGUUUUUUGCUGUGUUGCUCA